AUCGAAGCUUCUCUGUUCAGCUGUGAACGUUUCUUUCUUGACGUGGUAUUCUCUUUUGACUUUGAUCGGAGACCGAUAUCUUUUUCUGUGAAAUUGCAGAGUUUCUUCAUGCCAGUUUACAUCUCUGACUAUAACUCGUUUCUGGGUCCUCGAUCGUCUCAUAAUUCCGCUCGAUUUUCCCUUUGCCAUUGCGAUUAAGCUCCGUGGGUACAAUGAGAGCACCAUCAUUACUUGCGCAAUGCUUGCCUGGUUUGGUGCCCCAAGAUAAAGGAAGCCAGAGCACUCCCUCCAUUUCAGAGAGAGAUGUCCAUCUCCCCUCACCAGCUGUAGAGAUUCUCCCUUCAAAGACAGCUCAUCCCUACAAAUAUGCAGGGGAGAACGUCGAUUUGCAAGGUCUCAAUGUUUUUAAGGGUAGAGUUAGUGUUGCUGAUAUAAUUGGCUUCAAUGGAUCAGAGUCUAUAUCUUCAAAGCCUGAAGGCUAUCUGAAAUCUUGGGACAGUUCCAUUGAUCUUGUUAAUGUCCUUAAGCAUGAGAUUCGUGACGGACAGCUGAGCUUUAGGGGCAAAAGAGUACUUGAGCUGGGUUGUAGCUAUGGACUUCCUGGAGUUUUUGCUUGCCUCAAGGUACCUCAUCGUUAAUCCGUCUCCAUCCGAACGUUUUUUAAUAGUAUGCUCUGCGUCUGUUUCUAGUUAAAUAAGUUGUUCUCGAGUGCAAGUUCGGUUGACUGAAGCAGCAGUAGAAUC